UGUAUUUCCUUGUCACUUACUAAUUAAUUGUUUAUUGGGUAGAUGGCUUAUUAUAGGCAUAGGAUCGGGUUACAGGACAUGUGUGUCCCUUAAUUGAUGGACGACAUACAAGUGUCAUCGCUGGUGGAAGUCAACAGUGGUCAAAGGCACAUUGUCCUUUUAUGGAGGCAGUUCUUUCAGAACGUCAGAGGCGUAUGAAACAUUCCAAUGGAUUAGAACUGUUCAUAAAAGGAGAUUGACAAUGACAUGACAAUGGGCACUUCACGACAAUGGUCUCAUAUACAGACACAAUAUUUAGUUUUGAACUGUGUAGUCUAUGAAGAUAUUCUUCUUCUAAGCGACGUUUAAAGGUAAACGUUAGUUUUGUGGUUAUUGAAUGAUGUCAGGACUUUGCAGUCUGUUUUACACUCCAAGAUAAAUAAUGACUGGAAACCAGGACAAGAAUAUUGUGCCUCCUCCUUUAAGGUUAGCGGACCAGAUGACCAUGCAGGGAGUCAAACAGGUCGCUGACGUCAGAUCCGGUACACUUCGGCGUUGCUUCUGGUUCCUUGUUGUGUGUGGCGGGCUCACCUUCACCGCCUUCAACAUUGCCAAACAGGUCCAACUUUAUAUGUCGUUGCCUGUCAACGUCGAUAUCGACGUCAAGUUGGCACAAACGCUGCAGUUCCCAACGGUGACAGUGUGCAACACCAACGUUCUCAAGAAAUCACAGAUGGAUCCUCUUAAUUUAACUGAGGCGGUGCAGGAAGUGUUUAGAUAUGAUUUCCAAAGUAGAGAAACAUCUAAUGACACCAGGUACGACUUUUCCCUCUUGCAGGAGGACAAUAUUUAUGAAGCCACCCUCAAAUAUGGACACAGCACUAAUGAUUCUGUUUUCCAGUGUGACUGGGCGGGGCUGGAAUGUGAUGCAGAGCAUCUGAUCAACACGAACAAAGAGAUGGGAGUCUGUUUCUCUUUCAAUGCCAACGGCAGCAUCUCCACCGUCGGCUCAGGGAGGUACUUUGGCCUGCAUUUGCUUCUGAAUGCUAAGUCGGAGGAAUUCAUCAGGAGUCGCACGAAUACUGAGGGUCCGGGGUUUAUGAUUGCCGUGCAUUCACCUGACAUCCCACUUCUGAUGAAUGACAUCGGGAUGGCGCUCACUCCAGGCUCGCAAUACUUCUUUGGUGUUGAGUUAGCGACGGCGACGUCACCAACAGGCCUGGAUGGUUGUGGAAGCAAAAGCCUCAAGUACUACAACAAACCCUAUUCCCGCGAGGCUUGCCGUAUUGAAUGCAUCACCGACUAUUCUCUGGAACAGUGUUCAUGUCGAGACAUAUAUCUACCCGGGAAUGCAGAUUUAUGUACACCUGAUCAAAUCGUUCAGUGUUUUGUCCCUGCAAUGAUCAGAUAUCAUUCAACACGUGGAGAAUGUGAGUCGUCUUGUCCACAAACCUGCUCCUACACCUCCUUCAACGUACGUUCAUCAUCCAGUCUUAGGGUGACAGAUGAAUACCUCUCCACGCUGGCUAACGUCACCAACGAUACACUGGAAUACUGGAGAAGCAACUACGUGGCUGUAGACGUCUACCUGUCGUCGAUGACGUAUCAGAGUGUCGAGAAGAGAUAUGCGUAUUCGGUGCUUGAACUUUUCUGUGACAUAGGUGGCGCUCUGAGUCUAAUUUUAGGAGCAAGUGUUGUUACUGCCCUGGAGGUAAUAGACUUCGCUGUACUUCGCCUUAUUGCCUAUGUCUCCUAUCACAGCAAUGUGAAAAGAAUAAACGUCAAAUCGGUGUCAGGAAAGUAACAUUCAUACCAAUGCCAGUAACCUGUCCUUGAAUAACACAGCCGUGUGGUUGUUGUUGUUGUUGUUGUUGUUGCUGUCGUUGUAGUUAUGAUUGGUGUUGUUGCUGCUGCUAUUGUUGUUGUUGAAGGUAGCACGCAACAAUAUGUCAGAAUUAUGACAAAGGCAGGUAUAUAAUCGACUAUGGACCAGACGAUACAGUGAUUGAAAACCGGGUCACCGAAUCUCACCA